ACAUUUUUUCUUAGUCUGUUCCAGACAGGGUUUAGCAGCUUAAACCCACAAGGCCAUGGCUCUCAGAUCGGCUGCGGCGGUGGCUCCUCGGAGUUUGAGGCGGCUCAUUACAGGUACUUCAUCUCGUACUCUACCGAUAAUCUCGCAGGCAAUUUGGGAUUGGGAGAAACUGGAAUCGAGCACGAAUGCCUUCGUUUCUGGGCGGCUUUUCUCUAGCACUUCAAUUUCCAGUUUCAUUCCUCCGCCGCUCCCUCCGUCAGCUCAGCAGCGUGAGAAGCCUGAGCCUAGUACUAACCUUUUUGUUUCCGGCCUCAGUAAACGCACUACUACUGAAAAACUAAAUGAAGCCUUCGCAAAAUUCGGAGAAGUUGUUCAUGCAAGAGUUGUGACUGAUCGAGUGACUGGAUACUCUAAAGGAUUCGGCUUUGUUAAAUAUGCUACUUUGGAGGAUGCAGCUAAAGGCAUAGAGGGUAUGGAUGGCAAGUUCCUGGAUGGUUGGGUUAUAUUUGCUGAGUAUGCAAGGCCAAGACCACCUCCCGAGCACCACUCUGCUCCUCCGCAUAGCCAGCGACCAUAUUAAUUUUUGCAAGGAAGAAUGCUUGCCAUAUCCACUAAGCUCUCCUGGUAUGCAAACUGGCACGCAACAUUUAUACACGAUUCAAGUUCUUUUUUCAACGGAGGUUCGUUAUUCUCUUCCAUUGCUUAGAACCUUUUUGUACUACGGAACUGGAGAUUAGCCGCAAGAAUCAGAGUAUAUUUAAAUUGAGAGAAGAAAUUUUAUACGUACCAUGUAUGACCCUACUGCUAAAUACACUUAGUUAAAACUAAUUUAUAUAUAAAUUCGCAAAUAAACUUACUUUCCAGUGCA